ACGAAAACAACCGUUUUAAUAUUCGAACGCGGCGCGUCCAUUCCCAAUUUGAAUAUAGAACGCGUUUCGCAAAUUAACGCGGGCUUUUUGAAUAUUCCUCGGAUUGUGAAAGCGUUGACAGGAGUGCGGUGUUUUUUAAAUUUCGAAUUAUCGAGUGUUGAAAGUGGCCAGUGCGACUAGUUCUUAGCCCAAUUAAAUAAUAAAGGAGGUUUUUGUUUGUAGUUUCGUUUCAUGAUUUUUGGACAAAAUUCGGCGGUUGGAUUUUAGAAAAGGUACCAGUGAAGUGAAGUGUCAAAUAACAAGUGUCAAAGUGAUGUCAAAGUGACGUGUUGUGAGAACAUGGAGCCGACCUUGCCGCUAGAGGUCGACGAGGAGGGCAGGCCUCCGCAGGGCUCCUCUACAGGCAGCGGGUCCUCCUCCGGGACGGGGUACUACGGUCAUAAAAAUGGUGAAUGGAGAGGAGAGAGAAGGAUGCUGGACAUCACCAGGGACAAGCCCGUCAAAGUGUGCGUGAGGGUCGUGGUGCCAGUCAGGGAUCAUCCUAAGUUCAAUUUCGUGGGGAAGCUGCUGGGGCCAAAAGGGAACUCCCUGAAGCGUCUUCAAGAAGACACCAUGUGCAAGAUGGCUGUGCUGGGUCGAGGGUCAAUGAAGGAUCGGCAGAAGGAAGAAGAACUGCGCGUCUCAGGUGAUCCAAAAUUCGCGCAUCUAUCAGACGAGUUGCACGUGGAAAUCAGCGCGUUCGCAACACCAGCAGAAGCGCAUGCGCGAAUUGCGUACGCGCUGGCCGAGCUUAGGAGGUUCUUAGUGCCGGACUACAACGACGACAUCCGUCAAGAACAAAUGCUGGAGAUGCAAAUCCUGUCCUCGCAGAACGAGCAGCGGCGCCUAACUCCGCCUGAGUCCUCCAGGAGCGGCAGCGAGGAGACCCUGCCUCUCAGGGACAACAGCAAACAUAGGAUGUCAGCUGUACAGCCAGUAGCACAGCCGAUGCCGGGCGUGGUGCCCGGCGCACGCGACUUCUCCCCUCCCGCCCCCGCCCCCGCACCAGACCAUCUCACCGCUGCCCAUCAUCAGUUGGCAGCAGGCCACACCGGGCACGGAGUCUUGGUCGGCGGGGGCGUGCUUCAACAACCACCAACCCAUCAUCUUCUAACACAGAACUCUAUUCUAGGUGCGGGUGGGGCGGCGGCUGCGAGCACGGCGCGCAAGCGGCCUCUGCUGGGCGGCGCGCGAGCCGCCAUGUCGCCGACUAAGCGAGCGGUGAUGACGCUGCUGGCGCGCGCGCGUGCAGCCACGCACAAGCACGCGCCCGCCUGGCCGGCGCCGCACGAGCACACUGCCCUACUGCCGCUCAUACGGGACGAAUUCGUCGCAGGAGUCGGCGUCAAUAUCAAUCUAGCGUAAUAUGUUCUAAUUUAAAUUAGGAAAAUCAAUAUCAAAAUAAUAAUAAAAAUACAUGAACAUCGACCACAGAAUAUGAACUAUUUUAAUAUAAUUAUUGUUAAUUCAAAAAUGUUGUAUUUACUGUCGUUAUGUUUAUUAUUAAAGUUUGAAAUAAUUUUAUCUAAAUAAUAUUUCACAAAUGUCAAAUUACUAUUAUUUUGUUGUUAUAAUAAUAUGAUGUCAUGAUGUUGAAGUAAUUUUUAU